CGCCAGGCCCCGCCCACGCCAGCCUCGCGCAAAGUAACAUGAUCGUGUGGAUGUUUUGAUCGCGCAUCGGACGCAUCGGAUGCGUCUCUUCUCAAACUGCGUCCAGGCGCUGCCUGUCGCUGGUGCCUACGGCUGUAGUCCUUUGAUAGCCCAUAAUGUCGUCUUCGAUCCUCAAGAAACCAAGAGUUUCCAAGCUUGCGGCGUCUCCUCAGACAGCUUCUAAUGCAAGGAAGGUCAGCUCUAAGUCACCCAAGUUGUCUGCAGCCAAGCCUAGCAGCAAGCCCACUGAUGAGGGGCCUGAUGAUGCAGAAAGUGACAAGGUUUCUUUGCCAAGGACACUGAGGUUAACCGGCAAGACACGUACGUGGUCUGCUGCCGAACUUCUCAGCAGCGAUUCAGAGGCAUCGGGCACUGGUGACGACACUCCUCGCUGCAAGAAGACAAACUCGCAGCCAAAGGGCACAGUAAAGAAGUCGCUGCACCAGUCCACCGGUGAACCAAGUGCUCAAUCCAGCAGCAGCAAUAAGUGGCCAGCUCAGCCUUCCAAGAAAAAUGUCGGAAAGUCUGGCGGCGGGAAACCUGUUGGACAAUCUAAAACAAAAAAGAGGCCUCGUAAGGAUCCCGUGCAAUGCAAGGACAGCUCCGAGAAGGUUCCACUGACCAGUGCCAAUACGACGAAUGCUACAGUCAGCUUGAACUGUGCUCUACCGGUGAAGAAAGAGAGUGGGAUGGAGAGUGAGCUUAUGGACAGAAAUGUAAAAGCAUGGCCAGCCGUUCAACAUGACAAAGCUGUGAGGCAGCCCAUGGUAAAAGGACAAGACAGCCCUUACAAGUGCAGUGUUCAGGGAUGCCCCUCAAGCACGGACAAGUGCUUCGUUGGUCUCUGGCUGUUCGCGCUACCUUGUGAAAAAGGCAGUACGGCACUGCGCUCUGCUUGGCUGAACAAUGUACCCAUCGACCCGGAGGUCAACAGACCACGAAGUCCCCGUGUGUGCUUUCAGCAUUUUGAGAAGGCUGACUUUGUGUCCAAUAAGAACCGCCUUGUGGGCCUUUGUGAUAAGGCUGUGCCUUCAGUAUGUGUUCCAACACAAACCAACCCAAAAAUGAAAGGUCACAGCGUCCAUUCAAAACAACCCAAUGUUGGCAUCAAAGCAGGUGCCCCAGGAGGCAGUGGUAAUCUCAUUGAGGCAGCCAAGUCUAAAUUCAUGGGUAGAGCCAGAGUAGAUGGCAAAUUUAAGCCAAAAUAUGGAGUCUGCAGAAAAAUAGGUUUAAAACCAGCCAAACAUUCACUCGUAAAAGCUACAGAAAUAGUUGCAACAGCAGAGAACAGCUCAGAUGCAGCAAGCAAUGCAGUAUUUACAGAAACUAGUGCAACAGAUUUACAAGCGAGUAGUGCUGCUUUGAACCCAGCAACAACGCCAGGUGCCAGACACUGUGCAAAAACAGCUCCAACAAAGAACGGUGGUUUGAUGCACAAGAAAAAGUCUAAAUAUACAGUUGACAACAGGAUUUCAGCAACAGGCAGCAGUUCAAAAGUGAAAAAACAGUCAAACUCUAUGCUUGAGCGAAAAGCAAACCGAAUAUCGGACAUUUCUCGAACUGACAUCCAUCCUGCAGUUUCCAGUGAUUCAACAGGGGAACCCAGUUCAGUGUCGUCAAGCUACUCGAACUGUGCAGCCACAGCAAGUGCGAUAGGCAGCAGUUCAAAUAUUGCGCAUAAUUCUAAGCACCUAUUUGGCAGAGAAAUGGGUCCUUUGUCUCACCGUUUCUCAGAGCUAAUGGACCAGUCAAUAUCUGUUUUUGCUGGAACAACAUCCGUGCCAAGCAGCACAGAUUCAACAGGCCAGCUAAGGCCCUUCAGCGACGUUAUGUCAGCAUCGACACCAGACAUCUCAAAGCCAGCCUCUACAGCAUCGCUAAAUGGUGGAACGGUCGCAACCUUAGAAAAGGAGCUUUGCACACCAGAAUCGACUGUUGCGAAGAAACCAUUUACAGUAGCAAGCAGUAUGAAACCAACAGCUGAGUGUUUGUCCAGCACAAGUAGUUUUUCAGCAGCAGGAGGCACCACAAAGUUAAUGGUGAAGCAAGAAGUUGUCCAAGAGACCAAUCUUUUCCCAGCAGACCUUGGCAUUAGUGUCACUCAUUAUGUGCCACCGGAGAAUUGCAAGUUGCGUGUUGACCAAAUCGAUGGUACAGUUGACGGCUCCGAUUCAUGCCUGUCGCUUCCAUCUAGUGUAUUGACCAGUCCUCCUUUACCUGGGCCACUUUGCUUGCCUUUGACAAGCGAGUCUUGGAGCGCAGGAUUGAUAAAUGAAUAUCAGAAUCGUGCUUCAAGUAAUUCUACUGGCGCCACUAGCCCCACUUGUGCAUCAUCUGGUGAGUGUGGAAUUGCCAAGCCUUCUUUUGCCAUAAGGAGCCGGUGGGAUUGCAGGCGGCGCUCAGCAUCGUUGCUCAAUCCUGGUGAAGUUUUGCCUGAAAAUGCUUUUAGGACCGCGAGUACUAGACACUCCUCGCCCCAAAGUACUAAGGAGCAGACUCUUGAAUGUGCUGCAGAAGUAGGUGCGGGUAGUGAAUCUGACCACACUACUGGCUGCAAUGCUGACUUUGCAUCGAAGGACCAGUGGGACACUUCGAGGCGUACUGUUGCCAUUGGUCAGGAAUGUGGGACUGGAACUGGCGAACUUGAGCUAGCAGUUGUUCCUUACAAGGCACAAGUGUCGCGUCCAGGAAGCAGCAGUACAUGCUGCACUUCUGAUAAUUCCAGUGUGCCCAACGAAAAUGAUGGCAGUGAACAGGGUGACGAAUCCUGUGAUGAGUGGGUGCCGUUUGAUCCUUCCCAUGGAAAGUAUGUCAUAGAAAAGCACUGCAUAGGAGGGGAAGAUCUCGGAAUGAGUGUUUACUGUAGGUUGACGUGGCUUCCUACGUCAGCGGCUGACGGCAAAUUCAGCAGUGGCCCUUAAGCCACUGGCUGCCGACAAGCAAAUUGACCAAAGCAGAAUUCCAGCAGCAAAAGUGCUGUAGUCGACUGUGAUCAAAAAAAAAAAAAGGUACUUGAAGGAUGCAGCAGUGUGCAGUCAUGUUGUGCGCUGGUCGCUCCCGUUUCAUUGUUUUAUUUAUUGUAGCAUGUACAUCGCUGUGUUUUGCAAUAACGCGUGUUGUGUAAUAAACGAUGUGUCCGA